AUGACAACGAUAAAUACCCGAGCGAAAUCACCGACUCGCACAGAAGCCAUCGCUGCAGCACUGAAACCUGGACCAGUAUAUACGACUCGUGUACUUUUAGGAAACUGGGUUGAAGAUAGAAUAGAGUGUCCCAAAAGAGGUACCUUAUAUUUUCCACCGAAAGACCAAAUAGACUAUGAUAAAAUGAAGCCAGAGUCCCGCCAGCCCGAUUUCAGGCAAAACAAACUUUACGGUUUGCAGGGUCAUGUAAAUUCAAUAAUCCGUCACGACAGUCACGAUUCCUGUGUUAACUUCGUUACAACCAACGACCUCGUCUACAAUCAUCUUCCUAAGCCGCUCUGUGGUCCCGAACAGCGCUACUACAAAAGAAGCGCACACCAGUUUUAUCCGCAACCGGAUUUAAUGAAGUGUUUUGAUUAUAAGACUGAAUGGGGCUUAAUGAAGUUUAAGCAGUACGAGUGGGCUUGUACAGAUGUUUCAGAUUAUAUUUCAACUCUAUAUGAAGACACGUACAUUCCUCCACAUCGACAUCAAUACUUACAGAGAAAUGAAAGAAAAGCUCGAAAUUCGAGUUUCACAAAAAGUUUUCGUUUUAAGAUGACAAAAACUAAAUCAUGA